AGUAGCCCCACACACGGAUCAGACACCACCGGGAUGUGUAACAGGUGGUAAGCUUUUCCUUGACUAGCAGAACUUAACAGCACUGCAAACAGCUUGUUGACUCAGGACAUCCUGUAGGAUGUUGCAAUAGCUGGAUGUGUGCAAGUCAAACAGAGACGGUUCACCAUGGGUUGAAGCAGCAAAAGUGACAGCACAAACAGGAUAGCAGAGUCAUGGGGAAAACCAAACAGUGGAACGUGCCACAGAGCCUGGCCAUAGCCAAGGCCUUCUACUUCCUGAACCAUGCUGGCAAGGCCUGCCUCCUGCCCUUCCUCCCGCUCUACUUCCGGCUUCUGGGACUGUCGGCCACACAAGUCGGGAUCAUAUGUGGCACUCGGGCCUUCAUCAGCCUGUGGGCCACACCUGUUUGGGCAAAGAUGGCCAAAAAAUACAACGUCCGACGGCUGGUGAUCCUGUUUGCACUGUUUAUGACUAUAGCAUGCACCUUGUCUCUGACAGUCAUACCACCAAUAGAUGAGGACUACACAUCUAAGUUCUGUCCUGGAAAUCACACUGAUGGUGCAGAGGAAACAGGGAAAGUCAAUGGUUUGAUUCACGGGAGUUUGCAGGGAGGUAUCGGAGGAAAUACGUCAGCUGAUGUGUUCAACACAGAAGAACCGUUCCAGCAACCAGUGGAGAACAUGAACAGUGGCAAUGACUUGCCUACUGAAGAAACUCAUGUAAAUUCCACAGAAAUAGCUCAGCAGUCCUCAAGUGGAGUAAGUCAGCAGACAAUUUCCAAUGCCCCAUUCCUUCAAGAAAAUCUUCCACUAGAUAACUUGCCUGAGGAGCUUGGACCACAGGAUACUUCCAGUAGAAAAGUCUCAGUGAAAAAUGAGUUAAUUGAUGACAGCAUGCCUAGGGCUGAAACAGGGGGAAUUAUGAACACUGGCAGCUUUCCUGAAGAAUUGGGCACCCCUGAUGAUGAAGAGAAAGAAGAACUUCUGCCAUCAGAGCCAUUUUUCAUACCUAAAGAUGACAGUGUUAUAGACAGCACAAAAAAUGCAGCUAACCUCUUUGACCAUAGGUCACCAAUGAAAGGAAACACAGGGCUGUCCCAAAGCACAUUGCCAGAAACAAGGCUGCCAACAGAGAAACGUUCCAGGUAUGAUGAAUUUCAUCAACAGAACGAAAAUCUUGAAACAAGGAAGGACAUAGACAAGCCCAAUAAGAACUAUUACACAGACUUUUCAGAGAGCAAUGACUAUCCCCAGUAUGUGAACAACAAUAGUCCUGUUGAUGAAGAAACCCCCCAAGAGGGUAAAGAAGACGUUUCAAACCUACUUAACUAUCUACUUACCAAGUAUCAGGAUGCCCAGCCUGAAGUAAGAGAACGUCUGUUAAAGUUGAGUGAGAAAUUUGGUGAAAAACAACCAGAUGCUGAAGGUAGUGACAAAUACAAUGAGGGGUAUGAGGACUUUGAGAAUUCACCGUACUACAACGAACAGUAUGGAGACAGUUACCAUGAAUCACCUGUCAGAGGAAUGGUGCACAAGAAGAGUACUUAUCACAAAUCUGUCUCUAACAGAGAGAAGAGAGCAACAUCUCUGAUGGAGGGCUUGAAAAGUAUUGUGCACGAGCUGAAAGUUGAGAUCCUGCCGUUGCAGUACAGAACUUUCCUUAUUGUCCUGACUGUGAUCAUCAUCGGGGAACUUCUCACAUCUCAAGUGGAGAAAAUCUGCGACGACUCCCUGUACGAGUUCCUGGAUAACCUGGAUGACAUUGAGAAGUACGGCCAGCAGAAGUACUGGAGCUCACUGGGCAUUGCCAUUUGUGCAACAGGCGUUGCUGCUUUGGUGGAUAACACGGACUGCUUCUUAAAUCAAGGCAUUAACCACUUCAUGAUCCACUUCUACACUUUUGCUGGGGUGGUGGGACUUGCCUUCCUCUUGGCCCUCUUCUACCCCAUCCAUCCAGUCUGCAAGGAGCACAACCAGAGGAAAAUCUCCAAGAGCUUCAGGCUUCUCCUUACAGACUGUCGAAACAUCUGCUACCUGGUGACGGUGUUUGUGGCGGGUUGCCUGGCAGCAAGCAUCCACAACUUUCUCUUCUGGCUGGUACAGGACAAGGGAGGGUCAGAGAUCAUCAUGGGUCUGUCUGUCACAGUGUCCACUUGUGCAGAGAUACCCAUGAUGUUCUUGGGGAACUGGCUGAUCAAACGAGUGACUCAUGCCGGGCUUGUGUCUAUUGCCUUCCUGGGUCUUUCCGUCCGCUUUCUCUACUACUCCUUUCUGUGGACACCCUGGGCAGUAGUCCCUAUUGAGCUUCUUCAUUCCUUUAGCUAUGGCGCUUUCUGGGGUGCAAUAAUGGGGUACGCAGAGCACAUCUCUCCUCCCGGGAUCGAGAGAACUGUGCAGGCAAUCAUAGCUGCAAUAUAUUGGGGUCUGGGUUUUGGCACAGGUAGUAUGGUCAGUGGGGUUAUCUAUGACAAGUAUGGGGUGACCAUUUUGUAUAGGGCAGCUUGUGUUGUCUCUGUAGUCUGGUGUCUUGGGUUCGUCUUGUUCCAGAGGUUUGCACCAAGAAAAGCAAAGAUGAACUAUUCCAGAUUAUUGAGGCAGACAAAGUCCAACAUUCGUGUUGAUAACACUGUGUCAUCAGAUGAUGAAGACAAAGAGGAUGAUGACUGGUUAGAAAAGGCUCUGAGAGAAACUGAAAGGAGGUGUGAGGUGCCACUAAUGAGACAGUGGUGCCCAUGACCACAGUUAGUUUGCUACUAUAUUUACAUAGAUAAGUAGGCAAUGACCACCGAGAAGGUGCAACUACUUUUCAUGUAAAAUUGCCUACUAUCAAAGCUAAUGAGCACAAGCUACAGCUCAUCGCUUUAUAUACUAUACAUGUAUAAAAUUGUCAGCCGAAGUUGAAGUAAAAAUAGCUCAUUUCUGAUGUUGUGAUUGACAUGACAAGAAAUUUAUACACAACAGUCUGUACAUAUCUGUUACAAAAAGACUUAUCUUAGAUAAUACUAUUAAUAGGAGACAUUUUGUGUAUUUUCCAAAAAUGCCAAACAAUCUUACUUUUUCGAUCCAGAUCCAAUUCUUUGUUAUCAUCUCAAGUAUCCAAGUAUCAUAAAAUUGUUCUGAUUCUUGCUUUGAAUGAAACGUGUCGCUCCUACGUGUAGCAAUUUUUUCAUGACAUUGCCAAUCAGUGCAACAGACAAUUUUCUUCAGUGAAACCUUGUCCAAGUAUAAGUCACAUGGGAAAAACAACUGCGUAAACAAUGUGUAAAUUCUCUAGUUAUGACUGUUGAAAGCUUAGAAUUCUAUAAACUCAAUGGGAGAAGUGUGAAUAUACAUAAUAUUUAUGCGCUUAUAUAAGAUAUGCAUAGUAUCUAAAAUUAAUAUGGAGUUCAAAAGUUGGAGUAAGGGUAAUGUACUGUUAUAUUUCUAUUAUCCAAACACUGAGUCUCUGACACUAUUAGUCACAUGAUGAUGUAGUGCAUUAUGAUCCAUUUUGCAAUGUUUAAGUUUAUCAUGAGAAUUGCUGGAAGAGUUUACUUUUGGUGUAAGCUACAUGUAAGUAUAGAGGUGGACCAUCUAUGUUUGGUGGCAUUAAGUGCAAAGUUUCAAUAGAUCCUUGGAUAUGAUUAUGAUGA